AUGGAUAAAAACUCAUUAUUAGAGGCAUUGAGUGGAACACUAGAUUCCAAUAGACAGCUACGAAAAUCUAGUGAACAAUCAUUAAAUGUUUAUGAACAACAAUCAGGUUUUACAAAUUAUUUAUUAGAUUUAAUUAUUGAUGAUAAUAUUCAACUAGGUAUAAAGAUUGCAGCAGCAAUAUUUUUUAAAAACAGAAUAAUAAAUUAUUGGGUCAUAUCAGAUGAUACAAAGCUGUCGACUUCAUAUUUUAUAUUAGAGGAUGAAAAAGCUGCAAUUAAAGAUAAUUUAAUUAAAACCUUGAUGAAAACCUAUAAGAUAAAACAGAUUAAAUUUUCGUUAGCUACUGCAUUAAAUAAUAUACUUAGUCAUGAUAAAUGGGAUGAAAUGAUUCCAUUGAUAUAUAAGUUAAUAACAUCUCAAGAGAAGGACAAAAUAUUUACAGGAUUGAUAUGUUUGUAUGAAUAUGUUAAGAAUUAUAGAUGGGAUGGAAUAGAACUGAUUACAAAUCCCGUAAUGGAAGAUAUUACAAAAUCAUUAUUCCCAUUGGUUGAACAAUUGGCACAAAAUCUAGUUGAAAGUAAUAAUGAUCAAACAAAUGAUGAAAUGUUAUAUUUGAUUGUAAAAAUUUUCAAAAACGCGACUUUUUCAAGUUUACCAACUUAUUUCUUGGAUGUUAAUAAAUUAGGAUUAUGGUGUCAACUACAUAUUUUGAUCAUAAAUAAAGAGUUGCCAAAAGAAAUUUUAGAGGAGGAGAUAAUUGAACAAAGGAAUCUACAUUUCAGAAUUAAAACCGUCAAAUGGUGUUUCGCAAAUUUAAACAGAUUAUUAAAUAGACAUGGUGGAGGUUACUUAACCAAAGAUCAUAGUGAAUUCACCUCGAAUUUUUUAACAAACUUUGUACCGGAAAUACUUAACGCAUAUUGGAAAAUAAUAGAAAAAUGGUCUGCUCAAAAAAUUUGGUUAAGUGAAUCUUCAUUGUAUUACAUGAUAUCAUUUUUAGAUAACGUCAUUGAAACACCAUGCUGGCCAUUGGUAAAUGACAAAUUAGAUGCUAUCAUUAGACAUUUGAUUUUACCCUCAUUACAAGCAAAUGAUGCUAGUGUUGAACUAUAUGAAGAUGACCCGUUAGAAUAUAUCAGAAGGUAUUUUGAUGUUAACCGUGAACAGAAAACAAGUGACGUUGCUUCCAUCAAUUUUAUUCAUAGGCUAGCAAACAAAAAAUUCGAUGAAACAAUUAAUUUAAUUUUUAAUAUAAUAAAUGAGAUUUUUGCUCAAAGAAUGAAUGAUCAAAGUAAUACAUCAAUAGCUAUGCAAACCGAGGGAGCGUUGCGAGUACUAUCCACGAUAUCGAGUGAAUUGGACAAGGACACCUCACCAGUUCGUGGUCAAAUUGAUAAAGUACUCGAUACCUACCUAGGUCCAGAGUUGAAAAACUCAAGCAAGACCCCUUGGCUAACAGCAAGAACUUGUGAUGCAAUUGCGAUGUUUCAUAGUCAUACGUACAAAGAUACUAAAGUCUUGCAAAAUAUAUUUCAAGGUGUUAUUUCGUGCUUUCAAAAUGAGGCUCAAUUUCCAAUACAAUUAACAGCAGCUGAUGCACUAGCCACUUUGAUUCAAGAAGAUUUGGUCGCACAACAUGUGGCAGAACAAGCCCCUCAAUUGAUGGAAAAUUUGUUGGAAAAAUCAAAAAAGUAUGAAAGUGACAUUUUAACAAAUGUGAUGGACACAUUUGUAGAAAGGUUUGCUAAAAACCUUGAGCCAUAUGCUGUAGAAUUAGGUGCGAAAUUAUCAGAACAGUUUUUAAGAUUGUGUAAUGAAAUUUUAGAGCAGAGCUCAAAUGGGCACGUUGAUACCGAUAAAGAAUAUCAAGCAAACGGGUUACUAAGCACAUUAACAACAUUAGUUAUAUCAAUGUCAAAUGCAUCUAAAGUCGGAGAAAGUUUAGAAAGAGUUUUACAAGAAGUCAUUGUUUUCGUACUAGAAAAUGCAAUGGUCAUGUUUUUACCAGAUAUUGUUGAAAUCAUGGAAUCUUUAUUGUAUUUAAGGCAACAAGUUUCAGAUGUAAUGUGGUCAAUCUUUCAAAGUGUGAUUGAUGCAUUUGACACUUACGCUUAUGAAUAUUUUGAUUCAUUUCAACCAUUUUUUACAGCCAUUAUAAACAAAGGAUUUUCCAAUCCUCAAAUAUCAAUGAGUCAUUCUUAUGUACAAUCAUUGCUAAAAAUUUGUUUUGGAGUACUAAAACAGACAGAUAUGGAACCAAUUUUUGCGCAUUCAGCUUUUGAGGAUAUCGAAUUGACCAUAUUAGCAAUGAAUUCACGUUUUAUUGAAUAUCUACCAAAAGUUUUAGCAGAAAUAUUUGAAAUAUACAAGUCAUUAGACGAGCAAGACUUAUUUGAUGGGUACAUGUUGCAUAGAUUAUCAUUAUUAAGGAUAUUAUAUGCUUCAAUAUAUAUUGAUCCUAUAACUUCGUUGUCAUUCAUUUCAUCACAAGAUUUUAUUAUCGAGUAUUAUAAAUUGUGGAUAAAGUAUAGUGACGACUUUCAAAGUGUCUACGGUUGUAAAUUGCAAUUAUUAUGUGCUAUUUCCAUAAUCGGGAGUAACGCGAUCAAAAACAUCCCAGAAGAUUUGGUUGGUGAGACAGUAGAUUUAUUAAUUGGAAACUUAGUUGCAUUACCAGGAGCUAUCAAGGCCAAAAAUGCUAUUUUAUUGAAUGAAACUAGUCAAAAACAAGUCAGAAAUGAAGAAAAUGAGGAUAUAAACCAAGCAGUUGAGGAUGAAUACGAGUUGGAUGAAGCAGAAAUGGAGGCAUUGAAAGAAACACCAAUUGAUAAAAUCAAUGGAUUUGAGGAAUUUGUAAAAGUAUUUUUAUCUAUACAACAAAAUGAUCAACAAAAAUAUCAAGUCUUAUUUAGUGACUUGGAUGACAACAGGAAGGAAAUCAUUCAAGAGCUUAUCAGAGUAACUCAACAAUCAAAGUGA